UGCUUCAGCUAAGAAGCUAGAAGUAUUCAGUGUAUACAGGCUGUGGGGGAGGGGAGAGACAGGAAGAAAGAUUGGUCUCUCCGUGUUUGUGCUUUUGUUAGUUCUACAAAGGAGUCAAAGAAACAAGAGAUAACAAAGGCUCCGUUUCCUUUCUGUUAGAAAAGGCUUUUGUCUUUCCUCGUGCAACUAUGUCAGUGUCUGACAAGAAAGAGUUUGAUGUGAAACAGAUCCUAAGGCUACGCUGGAGGUGGUUUAGUCAUCCUUCUCAAGGUUCCCUUAACACUGGAAGCUGCCUUCAGCCGGAAGGAUAUGAAAAGAGAGGGACCUCAGCUCAGGGCAGGUUGAAGAACCACUCUCAGGACAGAAAUGGACUGAGAAAAGGCAACAGUUCUGUCCCCCACAACAUACUGGCAUCCGUGCCAGGACGGGGCCCUGUUCAUCAAGCGAAGCUUCAGAAUCUGCACGAACAAAACUUCAUAGAACAUCUUCCAGCAAAUGAAGAUACUCCUAAAACAGUGCCACAGGAGAAUUUUUGCAAAGAAGCUUGUCAGACACACUCACAAAAUUUGGAGAUGAUGGCUGAUGACAAUAAAGAGGAUUCUGGAGCACGAUUAUAUACACAACAUCCUGAUGAAAUGAAUACUCCCAGGUCUGAGGAGCACUUUCAUGCUAUAAACCAUGCAGAGCAAACUCUCCAUAAAAUGGAGAACUACUUGAAAGAGAAACAACUGUGUGAUGUGUUGCUCAUUGCUGGACAUCUUCGAAUUCCAGCUCACCGGUUGGUUCUUAGUGCAGUGUCUGAUUACUUUGCUGCAAUGUUUACUAAUGAUGUGCUUGAAGCCAACCAAGAAGAAGUCAGGAUGGAAGGGGUAGAUCCAAAUGCACUUAAUUCUUUGGUGCAGUAUGCUUACACAGGUGCUCUGCAACUGAAAGAAGACACAAUUGAAAGUUUACUGGCUGCAGCUUGUCUUCUGCAGCUGACUCAAGUCAUUGAAGUCUGCUCCAGUUUCCUCAUAAAGCAGCUCCAUCCAUCAAACUGUUUAGGAAUUCGGUCAUUUGGAGAUGCUCAAGGAUGUACAGAGCUCCUGAAUAUAGCACAUAAAUACACUAUGGAACAUUUCAUUGAGGUUAUAAAGAACCAAGAAUUUCUCCAGCUUCCGGUUAAUGAGAUUUCAAAGCUUCUGUGCAGUGAUGACAUUAAUGUGCCUGAUGAAGAAACCAUUUUCUAUGCUUUAAUGCAGUGGGUGGGCCAUGAUGCUCAGACUAGGCAAGGAAACCUGGCAAUGCUGCUUUCAUACAUCAGACUUCCAUUACUCCCACCACAGUUACUGGCAGAUCUUGAAAAUAGUUCCAUGUUUACUGGUGAUCUUGAAUGUCAGAAACUCCUAAUGGAAGCUAUGAAAUAUCAUCUUUUACCGGAGAGAAGACCCAUGAUGCAAAGCCCUCGAACAAAGCCCAGAAAAUCAACUGUAGGGGCACUUUAUGCGGUGGGAGGCAUGGAUGCUAUGAAAGGUACCACUACAAUUGAAAAAUAUGACCUCAGGACCAAUAGUUGGCUUCAUAUAGGCACCAUGAAUGGCCGUAGGCUUCAGUUUGGAGUUGCAGUUAUUGAUAAUAAACUUUAUAUUGUGGGAGGUAGAGAUGGUUUAAAAACUCUGAAUACUGUGGAAAGUUUUAAUCCAGUGGACAAAAUCUGGAUGGUGAUGCCUCCCAUGUCAACACAUAGGCACGGCUUAGGUGUAGUCACACUAGAAGGACCAAUGUAUGCCGUAGGUGGUCAUGAUGGUUGGAGCUAUCUAAAUACUGUGGAAAGAUGGGAUGCUGAGGGGCGCCAAUGGAAUUAUGUGGCCAGUAUGUCUGUUCCUAGAAGUACACUUGGUGUCGUUGCAUUAAACAACAAGUUAUAUGCUAUUGGUGGACGUGAUGGAAGCUCCUGUCUCAAAUCAGUGGAAUAUUUUGACCCACACACUAACAAGUGGAGUCUAUGUGCUCCAAUGUCCAAAAGACGUGGAGGUGUGGGAGUUGCAACAUAUAAUGGAUUCUUAUAUGUUGUAGGGGGUCAUGAUGCCCCUGCUUCUAAUCACUGCUCUAGGCUUUCUAACUGUGUGGAACGGUAUGAUCCAAAAAAUGAUUCAUGGUCAACUAUGGCACCCCUGAGUGUUCCUCGAGAUGCUGUUGGUGUGUGUCCCCUUGGAGACAAACUCUAUGUGGUUGGAGGAUAUGAUGGACACACUUAUUUGAACACUGUUGAGUCAUAUGAUGCUCAGAAAGAUGAAUGGAAUGAGGAAGUUCCUAUUAACAUUGGAAGAGCUGGUGCAUGCGUUGUGAUGGUGAAGCUACCUUAAAAUCAUCUUUAUUAAGUGUAACAAAAGUGGAUAACUUCAAGAAAGAGAGUAGGAAGAAGAGCAAAGGAAGAAAUAUGUUUUCUUUCAGCAAUUAAUCACCAAACUUGAAAAUUAUGGUGUCACUUUAAUAUGUGCUUACAAUUAUUUUCAUUUAUACAGUUUAAACAAAGCUUUCAACAUGAACUGAGUAUGAAAGCUAAUUUUAUGUACUGUCCCCGCUGUAACAUAGAGGGAAAUAUAGCUGUGUAGGUUUAGUUUUGUUACUAUAAAUGUUAAAAUAUGCAAUAAACUUGAUAGUGAUGAAAAUGUAGAAUUUAUAAAAGAAUUAGCAAUUUCUGGUGAGACCCACAGAAGCUGUUAUUUUUCUCUUUGUCGAUCCCAACUGUUAGGUACAUUUAUAUAAUGCUCCACAAUCUGCAAAACGCUUUGAUAUUGCUUAUUCCCAGGAUAUGAGAGUAUGACAGGACUGUUCAAAGCAUGACAUUGGAUUCAGACAAAUCCAGCAAUGUAACACAGCUCUGUCACUUACCAGUUGUAUAAUCUUUUAAAAAAAAGUUUAAUAAAAAAUGCUACUCUAUUUUCUGGAAUAAAAUUUAAUGUAGAAAGACAAUGUCUGAGACUUAAAAUGUAAAGUCUGAAUGCUAGUGAUAUAUCAUUUUUAUUCAAAUAAUAUGCCAAAAUCUAAAUAAUCCCUGACAUUUUCCAGCAUGAAAGAAUUUACAGUUUUAUUACUGUAAAACUGGUUCAUUGACAUAAUUUGCUGUGCUCAUUCUACUAUGUCAAACUUUUAUAAGCUUAAUUUUCUGCCAUAGAACACAUAGAUUUUAUAUAUCUUAACAUAUUAUGAUCAGUAAGUUGCCAGUGAAAUAUUGUGAUGUCACAUAUGCAACUUUAUAGUAACAGUAAAUAUUUAUGAUUGAUACGAACUCUGA